AUGGCGACCAACGACAUGGUUGCAGAUGUUCUCAGCAUUGAAGAAUUUCCUGCGUACCUGAAAACACAGAAGAAUCUCUCGAGAUACGAUCCUAGCGUCGAGAGAAGGCCUGAUCAUCCUUGGUACCAGGUCGAACAGGCCCGGAUCGAUGAGCUGCUCAAGGAGUUUGCACAGGCAGUCGUUGAUCUUCUGAAGGGUCCUGCAGUCAAAGUAGCCCUUCUUGGUGCGCAAGGCGCAGGCAAGAGCCUAGGCACGAAUGCCAUUUUCGACUGUGAUGGUCUGUCGCUUACGGGAGCUGAUGGUGCUGCAUGCACAAGCUCCAUAACGCGAUAUGUCGGCUAUCGCUCAGGAGGAGGUGGUGGCAAUCGGUACUUCGCGGAGAUCAAAUUCCUCGAUGCCGAAAAGUGUAGGACUCUCCUCGAAGAACAUGCACGCUCGUACUACCAGCGCAUGCACGCAGACGAUGAUUCGGAUGACGAGGAUGCCAAGAAGGAUGGGAGUGGCAAAGAUGACGAGAUGGAUGUCCGCCUCAGUGACACAGCUUUAGAUGUGUUCACCACUUUAUUCGGCUCCAAAAAUGCGUUCCUUGAGCACUGGAGCAGAGAAGCAUACCUCAACAAGGAAUUCGUUCGCAUCUGUAAGCUGAAGUGCGAGGAAGCUUUACAGAAUGAAGGCGCGGAUAGACAGAGAGUAGUCGUCAAGAGCGCUGAAAAUCAGCACGCACUUGUUGAGCAGCUCAAGCCAUUCUUAACCAAAAUUCCGGAUGUCAAUUGUCUGUGGCCUUUAGUCGACAACAUCACAGUCAACUUCAAUAACGAUCUUCUGUCAGCCGGAUUGGAGAUCAUUGAUCUUCCUGGUUGGGGCGACUUGAAUCUGUCUCGAGCACGCCACGCCGAAGAGAUCAGUCACAACGUAGACGCCGUGAUAAUCCUGACGGAUACCAUCCGAAUCACUACUGAAGACAAGCUUAUCAACUCGAUACGCGCAGCCGUUGCACACCACGGCGCAUCAAAGGUCAAGAUCGUGGCCACAAAGAUUGACGCCAUCAAUAAGAACCAACUAUCCCAGUACAAAGGGGGCAUCUACGAUGAGAUCAAGCGAUUCAAGGAAAUUGCUGAUAAGGAAGAGUCUCUUCUUGAAAAUGCAGAUGAUCUCGAAAGUCUGAUAAAGAAAGACAUGAUAUCAAAGUACAUAUCAUACUUGGUCCGAGCAACAUUGCAAGCAAAGGUUACGAGCCGCGUGAAGGGCAUCACCAACGACUUUGCCGCGAAAUUGCAAGGCCGUACCACCAAGGAACUCCCACAGGUGUUCCACACGUCUGCGUCGGAAUAUAUGGAGUGGAUUAAGCCCGAUCGGAUCAACUUCAAAGACCAGCCAUCUCUCCCAGUGGAGAUGACAGGUAUUCCCGCCAUUCGGCAAUUUCUAUACACUCUCCCUGCAGAGCAAAACCUGAAGGAUUACGAAGACCAUAUAUACAACAUCCUUCCCGCAUUUCUGGACAGGAUUGAACGCACCGUUACUGUGACUGAUCGUGAUGGAGGUUUCACGAGCAUCUCCGAAGACUUUAGUGCGGUACGAAAGCCAUUCAUGACGAAAACACUGUCGGGUGUGAAGGCCAAGUUCCAAAUCUUUUCGCAGGCGAAGAUUGCUACGCUGACUCUAGAGUCACUGAAUUACAAAGAGCACGUUCAGGAUCUCCUUCUAGACUGGUCCGGUCUCAAGGCUCCAGCAUUCAACCGCAUCCUCAAGAACCGAGGCCUGGUGCCAAAGGGCUUAUCUAAAGCUCGAGGGCUCGAGCAAGGUGCAGACUGGAACAGGGACCUGGCAGUCAUACUGGCACCUGCCUUUCAAAAAUGGAUCAAGGAGCAUCAAGAACGCAUGCGGAAUAUGUUACCUUCCCUGGCAUACGCCUUCGAUAAAUUUUACCACAAGAUCAUCCGUGUGAUGAACGCCUCUGAGGCGAAUGUUCCCACCGUGGAGAAAGCAAAGCUGAAAUGGGCGCCGCUGAGAACCAAAAUGCUGGUGAAGCUUGAGUCGCUCAUGGACGAGGUUAACUUGAUUCAGUCCAAAACUUUCGAUUGGGCAAUCAUGGACUACGACAGACAGAACAGUCUGAUAUCAGAAGUGACUGAUAGCAUCUACAUUGAAGUGUUCAAUACUGCGCCAGCUUUGAAGCCGAUCAAUCCAAAUGCCAAAAAGCAGUCGAAGCAAUACGUCACACCCAAGCUGAAGUUCCAGAUGAACAGGCUGAACGAACUUUUCCUCCAGCCAGGCGACCACUUUGUCGACCGAGUUAUCAACCACUUCCAGUCAAGGUUGGAUAAGGACAUACGGCACAUACUGGACAAGCAUUUUGGACAUAUCGAAAAGCUGUUUGAUGAGUUCAAUGACAAGAUCCGAGCCCAAGGUCCGAUUCGUUACCAGCUUAGGGCUGACGGGGAAGCCAUUCGCGCCGACGUACAGGAGCGCAUUCCAGAGCUACAGGCCAGAAUUGACCAACUGGUAGCAUUACUGCCUGCUCGCGUCAGCUCAGACGAGAAGGCACAGGACAUGCAGGUCGAUGAUAUUGAUGUCAAAGAGGAGGACGAUUUCGCGGCUAUCCAUGAUAGGGUGGCUAAACGCACGAAGCAUGAGCCUCCUGUAGGUGGCCGUCUGGGUAAGAGAGUCAAGCAAGAACACCUUUGA